AUGCCCACUAUCGGAGCCGCAACUUUUGAAUCUGCAACCCUUCUGACCGACGCUCCCAGCCGGGCAACAGAUGCAACGGUCGAACUGGCCGCUUGGAUUUUCGGCUCUCUGGGAAAGGUUUUCCGUGUUUCUGAUGUGCAUUUCGAUUCCCUGACCGGCAUAAGUGCAGCCUCCAAUGCGCUUGCAGUCGUCGCAGUGCAGCAAAUUGCUAGGAUAGCUGCAAGCAAAGGUGUUCCACGUGACAAGGUGAUUCCGAUUGUGUCACAGUGUAUACGUGGCACGGUAGGAAUGCUUCUGUCGGAAAUCGAGCCUGAGAAUCUCCAACGUUCGUUGUCUACACCCGGUAGCAUAACUGAGCAGGCUAUUUCUGGCUUUGUGCACGGGCAGCUAUCCGGGAUACUUGGUGAGGCGGUUAACGGGGCUAUAAAACGGGCAUCAGACUAUGAGAAAUAA